AUGUACAAGACUUUCUCGAUUACCAAUUUAAUUGACUCAGAUCCCAGAUACUCCAAAUUAAAAUUAAAGUUAGAAAGCUCAAAGAAUAGUGAUGAUAGAGAUGUUUAUAUUAAAGAGUUAUUGCAUUCUUUACCUUUGACUCUUUAUCCAUCGUAUGAAACUUUCUUACAGAGACAAGCUGUACCUAUAUCAUCACGACCUGAGAAUGGUAUAGUCUUCAGAAGCUCAUUAUCUACAGAUGAAUUGGUCACUUGUGUUGAUGACACACUAUUAACAUUUUAUGAUCAUUUUAUGUUCGUUUUAAGGAAUUUUCCAGAAAAGGAUUGUUUAGGUUAUAGACCUUAUAAUAAAUUAACAAAUAACUGGGAAAAUUAUUAUAAAUUUGAUACUUAUUCACAAAUUUUUGAAAGAUGUCAAGAUUUUGGUAGUGGCAUAAUAUCUUUAAUUAGUGGUAGUUCAAGAGACAAAAAAAGUUUCAUAGUUUCUAUAUUAUCGCAAAAUAAUCCAGAAUGGGUAAUUUCUGACAUAUCUUGUCAAAUUUAUUCAUUAACUACAACAGCUCUAUAUGAAACUUUGGAUCCUGAAACUCUCCAAUAUAUUUUAAAUUUGACGGAAAGUCCAGUAUUAAUAUUUACAAUGAAUAAUUUGGCAAAAAUCAUAAAUUCAAUACCUUUCUUAAAGCAUCUAAAAAUUUUGAUUUGUAUGGACGAUUUAUCAAAAGAUGAAAUAUCAAUUAUUAAUAACUCUAUUCUUCAUAGUAAAAAAUUGGCACUUUAUUCUUUUAAACAAGUAGAGCAAAUCGGACAACUAGUCAAAUUUGAACCUAUUCCUCCAAAACCUGAAUCCAUUUAUACUAUCUGCUUUACAUCAGGUACAACAGGUUUACCAAAAGGUGUCGAAUUAACUCAACAAAAUAUCACAGCGGGGUUAGCUUUCGCAUUUUCAGCAUUUGAUUUGGAAGAUUUUGAUAAAAAUCAGUUGUAUGAUAUGUGUUUCUUACCUUUGACUCACAUUUUCCAAAGAAUGAUUACAAUGUAUGGUCUUUCGAUAGGCUUAGGUAUAGGCUUCUUACAUAAACCUGAUCCAACAGUAUUGAUCGAAGAUUUAAAGAUCUUAAAGCCGAAUGUAUUGGCUGUAGUACCCAGAAUCUUAAGUAAAAUAGAAUCUCAAAUCAAAUUAUCAAUAGCUUCUUCUACGAUGAAACAAAUUAGUUUGAAACUAAUGAAGCCAAUCAUAAGCCAAAAAAUAAGAGAUUCACUAGGGUUUACAAAUAUUGCAUAUCUAGUGACAGGAUCAGCACCAAUAUCAAAAUCGACUUUAAUUUUCUUGAGAGAAAUUUUAGAUAUUGGCGUCAGACAAGGUUAUGGAAUGACUGAAACAUUUGCUGGUAUUUGUUUGAGUCAAACAGAUGAACCAAAGAAAUCAAUAGGUUCUAGUGGUGCGAUAGGUAUAACAUCUGAAUUGAAAUUGAAAGAUGUAGCUGAUAUGAAUUAUUUUACAAAAGAUUUAAAAGGUGAAAUCUUGCUACGUGGUCCUCAGAUAUUUGCUAAAUACUAUAAAAAUGAAAAGGAUACCAAUGCUUCAAUUGAUCAAGAUGGUUGGUUUUCCACUGGUGAUGUCGGUUUUGUUGAUGAAAAUGGUAGACUUCAUAUUAUUGAUAGAGUGAAAAAUUUCUUCAAAUUGUCACAAGGAGAAUAUAUCGCACCCGAAAAGAUAGAAAAUUCUUACCUUUCCUCAUGCCCUUUCAUUAAUCAAAUCUUCAUAUAUGGUAACUCUUUUGAGAGUUAUUUAAUUGGCAUUCUCAGUAUUGAUCCAGAGAUAGUCAAGUCGUUACUGGUGGGAAAAAAAUUGAUCAGUCCAAAAGCUACCAUCGAAGAGUUGAUUGAUUUAUUAAAUAAUGACAAAUUUUUGAAAAGACAGUUACUCAGUCUUAUUAAUAAGACUUUAGAAGGUAAAAAUCUAUUGAGUUUUGAAAAGAUUCAUAAUUUUUAUGUCGGCGUUGAUUUAUUGAAAGUGGAGGAUAACAUCAUAACGCCAACUUUGAAAAUUAAGCGCCAUCAAGCGACACAAUUUUUCAAGAAUGAAUUGGAUAUUUUAUAUCAAGAGGGUUCUUUGGUUAGAGAAGAAAAAUUAUAA